AUGGCAGGCUACCUGAGUGAAACGGACUUUGUGAUGGUGGAGGAGGGCUUCAGCACCCGAGACCUGCUGGAGGAGCUCACUAUGGGGGCCUCUCAGGCCGCCACGGGUGAGGUCACUGCCUUCUUCGUGGCCGACCUGGGUGCGGUAGUGAGGAAGCACGUCUGCUUUCUGAAGUACCUGCCUAGAGUCCGGCCCUUUUACGCUGUCAAGUGCAACAGCAGCCUGGGUGUGCUGAAGGUCCUGGCUGAGCUGGGGCUGGGCUUCAGCUGUGCCAACAAGGCAGAGAUGGAGUUGGUCCAGCGCAUUGGCGUCCCUGCCGGUAAGAUCAUCUUCGCCAAUCCCUGUAAGCAAAUUGCACAGAUCAAGUAUGCUGCCAAGUAUGGGAUCCAGCUGCUGAGCUUUGACAACGAGAUGGAGCUGGCGAAGGUGGAGAAGAACCACCCCGGUGCCAAGAUGCUGCUGUGCAUCGCCACCGAUGACUCCCACUCCCAGAGCUGCCUCAGCCUCAAGUUUGGAGCUUUGCUGAACUCCUGCAGACACCUGCUUCAGAACGCCAAGAAGAGCCACGUCGAGGUUGUGGGAGUGAGCUUCCAUGUUGGCAGCUGCUGUCCCGACCCUGAGGCCUAUGCUCAGUUCAUCGCAGACGCCCGGAUUGUGUUUGAAAUGGGCGCCGAGCUGGGCCACAGGAUGCACAUCCUGGACCUUGGUGGUGGCUUCCCUGGAGUGGAGGGCGCCAAAGUGAGAUUCGAAGAGAUUGCUUCUGUAAUCAACUCAGCCUUGGACCUGUACUUCCCGGAGGGCUGUGGCGUGGAUAUCCUUGCCAAGCUGGGACGCUACUACGUGACCUCAGCUUUCACCUUGGCAGUCAGCAUCAUCGCCAAGAAGGAGGUUCUUCUGGACCAGCCUGGCAGGGAAGAGGAGACUGGUUCUGCCCCCAAGGCCAUCGUGUACCAACUGGAUGAGGGCAUCUAUGGAAUCUUCAACUCUGUCCUGUUUGACAACACCUGCCCUACUCCCGUCCUGCAGAAGAAACCUUCCACAGAGCAGCCCUUGUACAGCAGCAGCCUGUGGGGCCCGGAGGCUGAUGGCUGUGACUGUGUAGCCGAGGGCCUGUGGCUGCCGCAACUACACGUAGGGGACUGGCUGGUCUUUGAGAACAUGGGCGCCUACACUGUGGGCAUGGGUUCCCUCUUCAGAGGGAUCCAGACCUGCCGCAUCACCUAUGCCAUGUCCAGGGUGGCCUGGAAAGCAAUGCGAGAGCAGCCGCUGCCUGCAGAACAGGAUGAGGACGCCGAGGGCAUGUGCAAGCCUCUGUCCUGCGGCUGGGAGAUCACAGACACCUUGUGCGUGGGCCCCGUCUUCACCCCGGCGAGCAUCAUGUGA